AAUUUGUUCUAUGAUAUGUAAAAGGUAAAAACAAAAAUCAUCCAUCUCACUCUAGCCAUAUUUCAAUGAUUUAGAGCCAAUAUGACAUAUCCACUUGUUGAGAUUGUUGUUGCUUUAUGUUUUAUGUAUAGAAAUAUAUAAUUAUCUUUUCUUUACAUCUAAUGUUCAAUUAUGUUUAUCCACCAAAAAAAUGUUCAAUCAUGCUUUAUAGUUGGACAAAAUGGACACUACAAAAAAACAGUUGACCAAACCAAGUACUGCAACUAAGAAAGUAACGAACUAUGAGAAACAAAGAAUGAAGACAAUUAAUAAAAACUGUGAGAGAAUGAAUGCUCUAGGAGUAAAGAAUAUAACAACUUGUUUGAAGGUUGCGGUUCAACAUAAGAAAUUGAGGAAGGAAAAACAAAUACCAGUUGAGGAAAAUGACGAUGAUUAUCAACCGUCAGAGGGCAGUGACACUGAAUCCUAUGUUUCGUUUGAGCAUGAGGUACUAUACAAUUAUGCAUUGUGAAAUAUAUUCUUUCUUGUUACUUUCAAUUCAUACACACAUGGGCAUGUAUAUCUUUGUACAUGUAUUCAUAUUUUAUUAUGUUAUUCAACUGUUAGAGAUACCAUCGAGAGCCCGUUCACAAUCUCAUCUUGAGGCAUUGACCCACGUAUCAGAAGAGGGGGAUACCUCUUCAUGUCCUGAGGUGGCUAGCCAUCCGCCACCACCUCUCAAUGUGGAGCCUCAACUUAAGGUGACUGAUGGUAAUACUAUUGUUACUAAGCGUGUUCGUGGCCCGACUCGAGGCAAAGAGGUUCAAGGCCUUGUUGAUAGAGAUGGAAAGCUUAACGUGCCUAUCCCUCCAGAAUUUCGUGCACCGGUAGGGGACUAUGCCUCAAAACUAGCCUCAAUGAUUGGUGUAGAAGUGCGAACUCGUUUACCAGAUCCAAGUGUUCGUAGGUGGAAGUAUGUUGAUGCCUUCGUUAAGGGGGCAAUGUUUCAACGCUUGAAUGAUCAAUUUGAUUUACAAGGAGACCCUGUUGAUAUAGAGAAGGCAAUGAACACAAAAUUUGGUCUGAGAUUGAGUAACCAUACCUAUAGGCUGCACAAACAAUUCAUGGAGCUGAAGGAGGCUAAAGGGGAGGAGUAUGCAAGAAACCACCCACCGAAGGAUGUUGAUCCUACCAAGUGGAUAGAUUUUAUUGAUAAAAAGUGGAAUACUAAAGAAUUUCUAGUAACAUUUUCAUCUUUUUUAUUAUAUCAGCGAACAAAGAAUUUGAUUAGAAUAUGGAGAGAUUCUAAAAAAACUAGAAAGAACAAAUCAAUUUGCUGUGAAAUUUUUUUCCCUUUAUCUUCUAGGCAUGUAAGUGGAAUAUAAUAAAAACCAAAUAAGUGAGAAAAUGAGAAAGGGAAACUAUUAAACAUGGAUUGGAAGGCUCACAUAAU